AUGGCGUGCCUCCAGCUGCUGAAAUCGGCUCCCUCGAAUUCUCAGAUGAACUUCAGAUGUCGGUGCUCGAGCUUCAGUUCCAUGGCGUCGCUGUAUAGGACAGCCAGAGUUCAGAAUUCGAGGUUUCGGAUUUCCUGUAAAGCUGAUGAGCGUGAUAAGCAAAGCAAAGGUGAAGAACCUCCCGAGUCUUUAUUCAUGAAAGAAUUAAGGAGACGAGGAAUGACACCAACUUCUUUGCUUGAGGAGAAAACUAGAAGCUCGGAGAAAAAUGAGGAGAUAAAGUUCAGAGAAGAAGAUGGAGGUUGGAGUUACUCAAGAAGAAAUGGGGUCUCAAAUGAUGGGGAAGAAAGACUAUCUGGUCAAAGGGAAAAGUCAAUGGCCCUCAAUAGCGAAGGUCUUGAGGGGCUCGUUCCACGGGCCAAACUUCUGCUUACUCUUGGAGGAACAUUUUUCCUGGCGUUUUGGCCAUUGAUUCUUUUGACCGUUGCAUUUUUCUCUGCUUUGUAUCUGUAUUUUGGACCUGAAUUUGUUCAUGACGGGAGUAAAACACCAGUUGCCCCGCCCCAGUACAUCGACCCUUAUGAACUUCUGGAAGAAGAUAGAAUAUACAAAACAGCGCCACUGUUGAAUUGA